AAUACUAAUGAGGCAUACAGUGCCUCUACCAGUUUACACACGCGAUUACUAAACUCGCUGUACAUCGCAUCCACAGCUAGUCAGCAACAGAACAGAAGCCUGCGUGCCUCGUACUGUGGGAAUCCUGUACUCCGCCUCAUAUUUACUAGAGCCGAGAUUGUAAUAAACUGCUUGAAAGGGGCAUCAAUUUUUACUGGCCAUGUUUUAUUACCCCAAUGUGCUACAACGACACACAGGCUGCUUUUCCACUAUCUGGUUGGCUGCUACCAAAGGCAAUAAGAUUGUAAAACGGGAAUACCUGAAAGUCAAUGUCAUCAAAACAUGUCAGAAGAUUGUGCAAUAUAUUCUACAGCAGGUACCGCCUCCAUUCCAUGGCUCUCCUAUACCUCGGCUCUCUCUGUACCUGUCUGCACAGCUCAGCUAUGGAUUAGUGUGUGUAUACCACCGGCAAUGUGAUCUGCUCAUAGAGGAGAUGAAUAGCACUCUAGAACGUUUGCAUAAAGUAGAGAAGCAGAUGAAAAUUGACUUACUGCAAUCUGAACAAAAUCUGCUGAUCCCAGACAGUCUGGUGCUCAUGCAGAUGCUGGAGCAUGCCCCUGAUCCAUUUUUUGGUAUGAUGGAAAUCCCUCCAGAGCUGCCAGAUCCAAUGAUGAUCCCACAGAUUUGCGUGCUUCUGGAGACUUCAGGUCCUGAGAUUGUCAGAUUAGAGAAGACCCCUCCAAGACAUGGGAGAGUAAGAGACAGAGACGACACUGAUCACCUGACAUCUCCAGAGAUUAUAACAAUGCGAGAAGUGGAGCCUGUUCUUCUGCAGUUAGUAGAGUUUGGUCAGGAUCUCCCAGAAGUAAGUGCACUGGAUUUGGAAUUACUUGUGUCAGAUAUUCCUCAAUUACCUGAUGUUGAAACCUUACCUGAGUCACGCAAGAGACGAGAACGCAGAAAAGACACAACUCAGGAGCCAAAAAAGCCCAAAGAGACACUCACUAGGGCAGAAGAAAAGAAAGAUGAAGAAAGAAGUCAAGAGCAGGAGGAAAAUAUAUACCAGCGUGAUGCGAGGGGAGAAGUUGAUGUAGAAGAGAGCACUAUAGAAAUUGAAAGCAAAAGAAGAGAGCUUCAGGAAAUGGUAAGAGAAAGACAGCGUCUCAGAGAAGAAGAAAGACAAACUGAGCUCCAACAGGAAUCUGAAAGAGAAAGGGAGAGAACGGAGAGAGCGAAACGUGAAAAAAAGCGCCAACAAGAGGCAGAUAUAGAAAGGGAGCGUUUGAAAAAAACUGUAAGAGAGCUGAAACUUCUUCAAAGAGCAGGGGCUAAAGAAGAGUUCCUCCUCGAAAAACAACGACAAAUUGAACACCUCAAGGCAUUACAAAAGGAAAAAGAACGCCAGUGGGAGGCUGAAAAAUUAAAGCAGCAAAUUAUAGAAAAGGAAAGGGAGAGUGAGCGACUUCAAGAAUGCGAGAGAGAUAGACAACGUCUCAGUGAAGCUGAACAGGAGAUUGUACGUCUUAAAGAGUUUUUGGAGUUGGAGAAAAGAAGAAAAACAGAGAGAUUGAGCCCAGAAAAGAAGGAGGAUGUAGAUGACAAACGCAGAAGAGAAGGAGAACCCCUAACCGACAGACAGUUGCCUAAGUCAGGUUUCCCUUCAGAAAUGGUUCCAGAACUUGAUGCUGCAGCACUUCUGGAUGAAGUAACAGGAGAACCAAUUGCUUUCUUUCCUGAAGGCUCUUCAGAGAUCCAAUAUGUACUGCAUGCAUCUCCACAAAUUCCUUCUCCACAGUUAGUGCUGGCGGAGUUGCCUCAGGAGGCUGCAGAUCACCCCGCUGCCAGGCAUUCUGUGAGGAGAAGCAGUCUAAUAAUUGACAGCGAUAAACAGAUUGGAAGCAGAAUUAUGCAAGAGCAAACAAAGGAUCCAUACAUUCAUACCCAAGCAGCGGUCCCUGUGACACUGCAACAUAUGAAGCCUAGAACCCCAGCCUCUCUCUUUUCCUCUCCAACCUAUGAGCAGUUCAUGGCCCCAGAGUUGAGUGCACUGUGGACUAGGUGUGCCUUGCAGGAGCCCCUGCAGUAUAUCCAGGAGAGAGAGGAGGAAUCCAUGAGUGAGCUGGAGAUGGUACGUGCAGCCACAGAAUCUGCUGUCAGUCUACUGCUGUCCUCAGAAGUCUCUUUGGAAGUGUCUGAAGAGGAGCGCUCUCGGGCCAUUUUGUUCACUCCUGAAGAGAGAAGAGCUGUCUCCAUCCAGGAUGACAGAGUUCUGCCAAUGGUCUCAGAAAUGCCAGAACUGAUUGUGGAGAUGCCUGAAACCGAGGAAAUAUUACUGAGCGAUGUACAAAGGAAUUUAUACUCUCAGAUUGACAGUGUUGGACAUGCAGAGUUUCACAGUCUCACACCCCGUUCUUUCUCGCGCUUGUUGGUGUCCAGGUUCUUCUUUGCUUGUCUUGCGCUUUGCACAAAGCAAGUUAUACACCUGGAGCAGACCGAGCCAUAUGGGCCUAUAGUCAUCACUCCUGGAAAGCACUACUCACAGGACUGAGGAUGCAACUUCUUACUGUGUUUUGUAUAGUUUUUAUCUGAAAUGAGUUGAUACAAAUGAAUAAUAAUUUAUUAAUAAAUUAAGUUAUUUGCCAGUUCUUAAAA